AAAUCGACAAGAUUACUGAUGUCACACAACUACAGAACAUUGCUAAACGUCAAAAAGUACUAAUCAUACAAUUAAAAGAAGAAUUACACGACACGAAUAAAAAAUACAUCCAUUUGCUGGAAAAUCAAAACACUAAUCUGACAGCAUCACCAUCCACCUAUCACAUCACAGACAAAACUAGAGAUCUCACCAUCGACGAUACAACACAACAACAAGGACAAAAAAGGUGGACAAAGGCGAAACAAAAGUAGACACCAAUCCAUAAACAAAGAAGACAGGAGUAAAACAUCAUGCAACAACACUUUACUUUUAUAAAGGCAAGCAAUCAACAACAACCAUUCCAUAAGCAAACAAAAUUUAAUAACAACCGUUACAACCCCUACAAAUACCAAACUAAUUUCACUCCAACUGUAAAUCCUAAUCCUCAAUUCAUAAAUCCCAAUCCCAAUUUUACAAUUCCAUAUCUUCCCUACAAUUUAAACUCUUAUUUUACAAAUCAGCCUCCAAUAAACUUCACAAAUCCUCCAUUCACUACAUACACUACAUUAAAUCACAACACCACAACUAACCCUCGCAAAAAUUCCAACAAUCCCUUUGCCUUAGAUGAAUCAAAAUUAUCAACAGCCAAACAAAUUAACACUCAAAACAAUGAAACUAACACUACACUACAACCACCAACUAACGACAAAUCUCAAGUACCUGAAAACCCUAUGACAAUGCAAGAAUAAUCAUUAAAUAUUCACAAAUGUUUCCUUAUUUAGU